AUGUCGAUGAGCUUCUUGAGCAUGGUGGAGGCGGAGCUGCCACCGGGGUUCCGGUUCCACCCGAGGGACGACGAGCUCAUCUGCGACUACCUCGCGCCCAAGCUCGGCGGCAAGGUCGGCUUCUCCGGCCGCCGGCCGCCCAUGGUGGAUGUCGACCUCAACAAGGUCGAACCAUGGAUCUCCCGGGCAAAAAAGAAGGAUCCCUCAAAAGAAAACUGGAUGGCGUCGCCCGGGUUCGAACCGGAGACCUUCAUUGCGGCAUCCGUGGGGCCUAGGGAGUGGUAUUUCUUCAGCCUCAAGGACAGGAAGUACGCGACAGGGCAGCGGACGAACCGGGCUACGGUGUCGGGCUACUGGAAGGCGACGGGGAAGGACCGGGUGGUGGCGCGGCGAGGGGCGCUGGUGGGGAUGAGGAAGACGCUGGUGUUCUACCAGGGGAGGGCGCCCAAGGGCAGGAAGACCGAGUGGGUGAUGCAUGAGUACAGGAUGGAGCCUGCUCUUGACCAAUCCUACUCCUCCAACUCCAAGGAUGAAGAUUGGGUGCUGUGCAGAGUCAUCUGCAAGAAGAAACUAGCGGGAGGCGGCGGCAGCUCCAAGGCAUCAAGGAGCCUCACCAGCAGUGGCGGCCGCGAGACCGUGCCAACCACGUCGCCACCACUGCCACCCCUCAUGGACACUACCCUAGCACAGCUCCAGGCCGCCAUGAACACCACCGGCGCCGGCGCAAUCCAGCAGGUGCCCUGCUUCUCCAGCUUCAACAACAUUGCCAGCAACGGCAACGGCAAUGGCAACAGCGCUGCAGCAGCAGCUCAGUCAUGCUACCUGCCCAUGGCUACAGGCGGCAGCCAUGGCAUGAGCUACCUGGACCAUGGCCUGCUGCCUGAACUGGGCGGCUGCUUUGAUCCUCUCAACAGCGACAAGAAGCUGCUCAAGGCAGUGCUGAGCCAGUUCGGCGGUGACGUGGUGCCAAGCCUGCAGCAUGAGAUGGCCGCUGCCACUGCCACUUCCUCCACUUGGAUGAGUCACUUUUAG